AUGACCUCCCCCACAAACCCCAUCGAGGCCGAUUCCAAGCUCGGCUUCACCUCGACCGUCAUCUCAUCCGGCUCCGGCGACAAGAACGAGGGCAGCAACCCCGGCAACAACCUCGACGGCAACAAUGACGGCACCAUCAACGGCACAGCCGACGAAGCCACCCUCUCCCAGGGCAUCCAGAUUCUAGAGGCCAAGUCUGUCCACUGGUGGUCCUACCUCACCACCGUCGACUUCUGGAUUGUCAUCGCCGUCGGCCAGGUCCUGUCGCUCUGCAUCACCGGCACCAACACCUUUACGUCGUUCCUCGCCAAUGCCGGCACCAACAUCCCCGCCUUCCAGACCGUCUUCAACUACAUCCUGCUCUUCCUCAUCUACACCACAAUCACCCUGUGGCGCGAUGGCCCCCGCGUCUGGUUCGACAUCCUCCUCAAGGACGGCUGGCGCUACUUCAUCAUGUCCUUCCUCGACGUCGAGGGCAACUACUUUACCGUCCUUGCCUACCGCUACACGAACCUGCUUUCCGCGCAACUGCUCAACUUCUGGUCCAUUGUCUGCGUCGUCAUCAUCUCCUUCUUGCUGCUGCGCGUGCGCUACAAGCUGUUCCAGGUCCUCGGCAUCCUCAUCUGCUGCGGCGGCAUGGGCAUCCUGCUGGCCUCGGACCACAUCACCGGCUCCAACGGCGGCCCCGGCGUCGACAUGGUCAAGGGCGACCUCUUUGGCCUGCUGGGCGCCACCCUCUACGGCGUCUCCAACGUGUUUGAGGAGUGGCUCGUGUCCAAGCGCCCGAUGCACCACGUCCUGGCCUUUAUGGGCUUCUUCGGCAUGUUCAUCAACGGCGUCCAGGCCGCCAUCUUUGACCGCCAGUCCUUCCGCGACGCCCACUGGGACGCCUCCGUCGGCGGCUGGCUCGCCGGCUACACCAUCUGCCUGUGCAUCUUCUACACUCUGGCGCCCCUCAUCCUGCGCAUGGGCAGCGCCGCCUUCUUUGACAUUUCGCUGCUGACGGCCAACUUUUGGGGCGUCAUCAUCGGCAUCCAUGUCUUUGGCUACGUCAUCCACUACCUGUACCCGAUUGCCUUUGUCUGCAUCAUCAUUGGUCUUGUCAUUUACUUCCUCUCGGGCAGCAUGCUGGGCGACUCUAAGAAGCCGUGGCUGGGCGAGAACCAGGAGGACGGCGUGGCUGGCUUCGGCACGGCCAAGCUCCGCGCCCUCAACGCCGCCCGGAAGGCCCAGGCGGAGGCUGGCACCGAGGCCGCUGUUGGUGCUCAGUGA